UAAUCUUUCGUUUUUCUUUCGCUGGAACCAAUAUUAAAUCUAGUUUGUUCCGAAUAUUUCUUGGCCCUUGAACGCCGCUUACGUCACAUCAAUGGCGGACGUUGUAAACAGAGCCAACAGCUUGUCGGAGGCGAAAUUGAAAUCUCUGUUUUUGAGAUGGACAGCCUAGAAGUUGACCGGCUAGACAGCCUGGAGGGCUGGGUGGCCAUUAAGAGCAACAUAUUCGAGGAAAACGAGACUUUUAGGCUGGGCUUUAUCGUGCAGUGGAACGUAAUCGAGUCUAAGUUCGCCGUCACCUGCCACAACCGGACGUUACAGCGGCAGAAACGCAAAGCCGAAGUGACCACCGGCGACCCCCAGAUGAGCUGGGCAGGACUCUUCUCCGUCAACGACCUGAAACACGUCCACCAACAGUUCAAGUGCGUGGCGGACGUCCUGGGAACCUGCUUUCCGGAUUUGUCGGAGUUCGAGCAGAGCAACAUCUGGGACCUGCUGUUCCUCAGUCGGAAGUCGGGUCCCGAUGACGACGACGACGAGGACAGGGAUCUGGAGACUCCGUGUCGGAAGCUGGAGAAGUAUUUCAGCACGGCCAUCGACCUCUGCGGCCGAAAGAUAGUUCUGGAAACUUUAUUCACCCAGGACGAGCGGGGCGUCGAGGAGUACUUUGAAAACCUCCAGGAGUUCAAAAGGAAGACCAUGCAGGAGGAGAUGUCCAGGGCCAAAGGUCACCUGAGACAGCUGCUGCAGAGCCACAACAGCACCGACCGAAUGGUGGCGCUGCUCAGCAUCUACGAGGAGGAGGACGAGUCUUACCAGGACCUGGUCACCGUGGCCACCACUUUCUUCCAGUACCUGCUGCAGCCUUUCCGAGACAUGAGAGAACUGGCCUGCCUUUACAAGAUGGAGAUCCUGAAGUCUUUGGAGUUUGAGGACUUGGGUCCCAAGAGAAUUGCUGCUCUGGAGAAGGAGGCAGAAGAGUGGAGAAUGAAAGCCGAGGAUGCAGUCGCCUCGAUUCAGGACAUCACUGUCACCUACUUUGCACAAACUUCAAAGGCUCUGGCUGGUAUGUUAAAACAGAUGGAGGAAGAUAAGCGGCGUUUUGGACCUGCUGCCUGGGCGUCGGCGGCUCCAAGACUGGAGAAGCUCCGCUUCCUGCUAGCCAAAGAAACCCUGCAGCACAUGAGAGCGGCAGAGAUGUGCCUCAGCCGCAAGAAAGACUCCAUCAGAGAAAAACUGGGAAGCCUGUCGGGGAGAGUCCAGAACCGGAGGGCAGAUUCUGGGUCUGUCCUUGAGGACGGCCAGCAGCUGGACACGGUGGACCGGCUGGAGCUGCAGUUCUACGAAACCCAGCUGGAACUGUACGACACCAAGUUUGAGAUCCUGAAGAACGAGGAGCAGCUGCUGGUGGCUCAGAUAGACACCGUGCGGCGGCAGAUCAAAGAGCUGAAGGAGGAGGUGGUGUACUACGACGUGUGUGAGGAUCCUGAGGAGCUGCAGAGCCUGGCCCCUCCGGGCCUUCAACAGUCUCCACUCAUCGGCCAGCUCAAGAGACGCCUACAGAACCUGGAGAGCAAGAGAGGCCACAUCUGUGCCCGCAGGGCUUAUCUCCGCAACAAGAAGGAUCAGUGCAUCGAUGCCCAUGAGCAGAAGCACUCGGCGGCCAAGCAGAGCUCGGUGCUCUUCAACCAGCAUCAUCAGGUCCAACUGAAACGAGAGAAGAGGAAAGAGGAGGAGCAGAGCCGGAAGCAAUGGGUGGACCAGGAGCGGGAGAAGACUCUGAGCAGGUUACGGUCCUUCAGAGAGAAGCGACAGGGCCAGUUCAUUUUGAAGACUCCCCAGUCCCGGCUGUCCCCGACAGACGUCCCCUCGUCGCCCUCCCCUGAGGACAAGCCCAUGCCACUCAGUGAGAAAGAGGACCCUCCGUUUCCUGCCAAGAGCACGCUCAAACAGAAUCUAGGAUCGAUGGAUGAGGUGCUGGCCUCGCUGCAGCGUGGACAAAUCAGGCUGAGAAAGGUCUCUGCCAGGACAGCCGCCCCCCCCGAGGACGCCAGGGGCAGCCUGAUGUGUGCCAUCCGACAGGGAGUCACCCUAAAGAAGGUGGUCCCUGCUCCGGCGGAGGCCUCGAACAGCGCCGACAACGAGCUGGAGCGCAGCAUCAAAGCGGCCAUGAUGCGGAUGAAGAGGGUGGCGGCCGACUCGGACUCGGACGAGCGAGGGGACGAGGACACGCAGAGCACCGACUGGGACAGCGGGGGGGGGGGGGGGGGCCGUCCUGACAUCACCCCCGCUGCUCUGCUCACGGCUUUGGUUUUUCCUGCCAGAUCUUCACCGAAAAGCUGCUUCUUUUGACGAGGACGGGAUUACGCCUCCCCCCCCCCCCGACGCCAGCGCCGCGGCGCGCUGAAGCUGUCACACAGUAAUCCCGUUAUUGGCCUUCUCAAAGUAGACCCGAGAUGUUGAAGUAAAUCCAAAAGGGCCCGAGUCCAAAUAACUAGUAGGUGGCAGAAUCGGGAUUAAAUCUCCUAUGCAGAAAUCCUCUGCUCAAUGACUGGUUGAUGCGUUUUUUUUUGUGUUUUUUUUUAAAACCGUAGCCAAGUAGUAGUAGUACCGACGUGUGUACGGGAUGGAAAUGUUCCCAAAUGUGUUGUGAGUAGCUUUUUGUGAGGCUGUUACACAGCAGGAGGAGCCUGUGCUGAAGGCAACACGGCCCCAGCACACACAGCCUCGUCUUUCAUUACCGAAACUAAACUCCUAAUCAUGAAUGUACUUAAAUCUGAGUAACUGUUCCUUCAAUUAGAGCGACAAAAAGCUCAGAGAAAAAGGAGUGAGAAGCAGCAGUGUUUAUUAACCUCUCCCGCCUCCGAUGCCCUGCCCCUGUUUCACUCUCUAUGGGUGCAAUUCACAAGCCUGUUAUUUCUUCUUUUACGAGGCCUUAAACUAGGUGAUAAAUGUUUGUUUCAGGUGUAUGCACUACUAAUUUGUAUCCGAUCACUGAUAAAUCCUUACAAAAGCUCAAAGGCAAGGCUGCGACGCAUUGUGCUGACAAACAGCAUGAAAGGGUUUGCUGGGUCAGUAAAUUCCAGCCGAACCUGUGAGCUGACUAUGUCAGGGCUGGAAACGCACACUGUUUCGAGAAUAAAUUUCAUGAAUAUGAAACGUUGCAGAUUUCUUUGUAAUUCAAUCUUU